GUGAGGCGCUGUCCUUGCUGGUUACCUUCUCGUCUGGUGUUCCUGAAUCCGUCAGAGUGGACCAUGUGUUUUUAACCAAUCAGCGUGUUGUUUCCCAAAAGAAGGUUCAGACCCCAGGAUGGUCAGUGCGCGACGCAGGAGGGGUUGUUUCGACCUCACCUUUCACGCUCGCUUUCUCUCCCACCAGCCAAUUCAAACCCGACGUGAGAGCUGUCGACCGUAGCUUCUCAUCGAAACCUGGCUUUCAGCCGGCCCUGUAUGCGAUCUCUGCUCGAUCCGCAGAGGUAGAUCAUCACGUUUCCCCGACGUCUGCAGCUCCCCCGGCCUUCCGCGAAACGGCCUAGCUGCACGCACAUACCCCGCCAUUCCCUUGUGCCGACCUUAAGCUGCCAGCUGCCGCAUCGCAUAAGUGCCAGGCCAUCACCGAACGCUUUGGGCCGCCGGUGAGCACUCGCCCCCCAGCCUGCCUGAACGGCACAGCCUUGCGACGAACAUACGAAGCUCUCGUUUGGAGCAGUUCCUCAAACACGACCAGACAGCUUGUAGCUUCUUGCUGCGGUCAGCUCUGCUGAGCUGUCAGAGUUUCUCGACAUCAUGCCCUCCGAACCUACCAAGCCCUCUAAUGCGGGUAUCAUCACGGAUGAUGCCGGCGAACGCCAGAUACCCGAGUCGAAGCGAGCAGACGGCAGCGUCCGCAAAGCCAUCAAAGUGCGCCCGGGCUACCGCCCUCCUGAAGAUGUCGAAGUCUACAAGAACCGCACUGCCGCUGGGUUCCGCGAUCGCGCGACAAGAGGUGGUAUUCCCGGAGCGACAGGCCUGAAGGAAGAGAAGCCCGACGCCUCCUCUGCCGCGAGUAAUAAGAAUGCGAAGCGCCGAGAAGCGCGAAAGAAAGCCAAAGCUUCCGGCGAGGAGGAAGGAGACGAUACGAAGCAGCCCGGUGGCGACGACAAUGCCGCGAAGGCCGAAGAGGUUGACCCCGAAGUCGAGAGAGAAAAGAAGGCUCGGAAUCUUAAGAAGAAGCUGAAGCAGGCAAAGGACCUCAAGGAUAAAAAGGAAGGCGGAGGGACGCUUCUGCCAGAGCAGAUCGCCAAGGUCAUCAAGAUUAACGAACUUAUUCGCGAACUCGAUGCUUUGGGUUUCGAUGCCGAAGGAGAGCCCAAAACUGCCAAUGGGGCCGACGGGGAGUCCAACGCGAAGGAAUAAUCAGCUUAUCAGUGCUUCUGACGUCUUUUUACUGCGAUACCAGCUCUGCCAUGCGAUCAAUCAGUGCACAAGGCAGGUCGCCAUCCUCUCUGCCCUAUGCACACCGCUCACGUCGAAUGGCUGCCUCACUACAAUGUGCACUUACCCUAGGAGAAUUCUCGAAUAGAGCUUUCGAAACGGCCGGCAGCCACAGAGCGGUUAUAGGAUCAGUCGGUCUUCAACAAGUUCGAUACAAGAGAUUGCCUGGUUUGGGGGUUUGCAUGAUGUACGGUCUCAAGACAAUCGACCACCCCCGAUCCUCUUGUGACGAUGGUGGAUUCGAUCUCACAUUUCUCUCUAUGGGCUUUCUAAAAGUCAAAGAAUGUGCAGUUUGGGAGAUGGAAGCAGGGCAUGACUUUGUCUGGUCAUUGGCAUAAAGGUGCUUUCCAACAUGCAAUGCGAGACGAUGGCGGAUCAGCAGAUGGAC